UCUUCCAUUUACUCUACCCACAAUUCUUCCAUGACUCUUCCUUUAAAAAGACGAAUAUGUCCCCAUGUAUAUCCAGAAUGUUCUAGAGACUCCCUGAUCUUUCUCUGUUUCUAAAAUUUCUUAGAAAAACACACUAACUCUUCACAGUGCAAGUCAUCACUGAAUGUUUGGUGAAGAAACUCAACUUUGAUAAGAGGGAACACAAGCAAGAGAUUCUCAACAUGUUCGGAGUAGUUUUCCCGAACCGGAGCUUCCCCAUGGACAUCUCAACCUUCGCCCAAAUCGACACAUUCCACUGGGUUCUCGACAUGAACACUUUCGUAGGAGAGGCGUACGACCAGGUUCGCGACCUCUGCAUCUUCCUCCUUAACGGCUUCACCCUACCGCCGGAGAAAGCGCUCGCCGUCUACAUCCAGUCGCCAGGAUCGCCCUUCGUCUUCUGCGGCGCCGUCACUGUGGCGCGCCCCUCUGCCGUCCUCACACUCUCGUGGCCGGAGCCCGGCGCUGGUGGGCCGCUGCAGCUGACGGCGGACGCGCAGCCGCUUUCUGCGAAGAUCGGCGUGUCGGUGGAAGAUCUGGCCACGUUGCCGUCGCUGGACGUGGCGGCAGAGAAGCGAAUUGAAGGGUUGGCGAUGAAGGUUGGAGAAAACCUGUUCAAUUUCAUGCAAUCGUUUUGCGGUGUGGAUGGGUCCAAGUUGGUUGUUCCCAUGGAUAUCUUAGACCGGUGGUUCAAAAAGUUUCAAGAACGGGCCAAGCGUGACCCUGAAUACUUGAAGGGUUUCGCUAUGUAAGUCUAGAAUGCCCUUUUUUGUUAAUUAAUUGUUUAAAUUUGUAAUGACAAAAAAUAUAGAUGGAAUACUAUCUUGUAUUGU